AAAUGCCCAAAUCCGGAAUCCCAAUCCUCCCAAACGGUCUUUUGAUUCUCACUCGCUCUAACUCACCGCAAUGGCUGCUGCUCCUCUGCUGAGAGGAUUCCCUCUGCUGCGCUUCCGUCUUCCGCGCCACCGCCUCCCCCUACCCGUAGGUUCUCUAGCUCAUCCACAGCGGCCGUGGUGCUCAGCGGCAGAGUUCACUCGCCAAGACGAGGAUUUAUCGUCCCCAAGCAAGACCACUACAGAGUUGGGCGUGAAGAACUGUCAUACGUACCAAAGACGGGAUGAUCCAGACUAUCGAAAAUGGAAAGAUAAAGAAGAGGAGAUUCGUCGAGAUAUCGAGCCCAUUAUUUUGCUCACCAAAGAUAUUCUCCACUCUGACAGGUAUAUGGAUGGAGAACAGCUAACAAUUGAAGACGAGAAAGCUGUGGUACAGAAACUUCUUGCUUACCAUCCACAUUCUGAAGAUAAAAUUGGAUGUGGUCUGGAUUCUAUAAUGGCUUUUGGCAUUUAGUGCCCUUGUUUAGAGAGAAAGGGUAAACAAAUCCCAUGCUGUAAGCUUCCGCAAUGGAUGUAGGAUCGGGGGAAGGUAAGAUGUACUCUACCUUACCCUCAUAUUAUUGCAUAGAAGUUGUUUCCUGGACUUGAACACAUUACCUCAAGGUUGUUGCGAGACAACCUUGCCCACUAGACCAUGAUGUUUAAGUGGCAAUGAAAAGAGGUAACUGAAUAUAGGUGCAAUGAAGGUUGUUAUUAGGUUUGAAAUUAAAUACUUUCUUUGAGCUGUAUGUUUCUUCCCCUGGGCCAUAUACCUGAAAGGCAAUAUAAGGCUUAUCCAAGUAGAGUAGAACAUUUCAGAAGACUUGAUGAAUAAUCUUGUAUGACCAUUUCUAUCUAGCCAAAAGUUCUCAAAAUGAUUUGAAAUGUUCAAAGAAUUUAUGGUCAAGAAGAGUGAAACAAAUAAAUAGUUCCAUGGUGGGGAACCGGUAUGGGAGGAAAUUGUUUACUUUUUUUGCCUGAAAAUUUGCGUUAUCUUGUAUUAGUCCCAUCAGUUAGUUCUGUAACUGAAGAAGUAUGUUUUAGAUAGUAGAUCACUCACAAGGGCAGACCUUGGCAUAAUGGUAAAGUUGCUCAACUAGGUGUCCCAUGUUAAAACCCACAUAAACAGCCUCUCUGCAAUGCGGGUGCAAGCCUGUAUACAUCUGCUUGCUCUAGGCCCUGCAGUGAUGGCAUGGUGGAUUGAACUGUAGUUGAUCACUUGUCUUAUGCUUCUUGAGUUGUGUGAUUUUCACGGAUGUUGUCCUUUGUUUAACAACACCUUCUGUGGUUCUAUUUUCUGUUGGUGUUUCUGCUUGCCACUCCGAUUGGAUAACCUCAUAUGACAACUGACUACACCCUUAAGUUGCGGAAUAUGGGAAAUGGAAAUGAUUUGGAAAUGAACCGCUUGACACCUACAUCAAAACAUCCUGAUUUCUGUCCUUGUCGACAUUAUGUUUAAUGGUGGGAAUAUCUUAUAGAGGCAGCACAGUAUCUUGUUUCUCCUUCCCCUUAUUUCCCCUUAGCUGAAAACAUCUGCAAUUUAGUUUGUGAAAAUUGAAAUAAAACUCAAUGCUAGCACAAAAGAUAUUCAUGCCAGCCUUGUCCAAAUUAUGGCUUUAUAGUCCUUUUAAAUUCAAAGACUCAUACUGGUUAUUUGAAUACUUAAAGCUUCUGAAGUUUUGUUUGAGUUUCCCUGUAAAUGAUCUCCUCCCAUUACCAAAUAAAUUACCAACCAAAGAUUUGCAACAUAAAUGAAAAACUAACAUAUACAAAUAUUACCACUAUGACUUUGCUACCAAUUUGAUGUAGUGAAGAUAGAGUCACAGCAUGAGAAAUAGGAGAAUAGAUCAAUAGAGACUAGAACGAAUGAAAUUGAAGAAGGAAUGAGGUUUAUGGAUUCUAUGGCUGCUCAUGAUGAUUCUCUAAAGGGUAUUUAUACUAUGAUUACAAUUUACAACAGUUCUAAUAAUCUUGACACUACCACUGAUUCUAGAUAAAAUGGAGGCAUUCCUAACCAUCCAAACCCAUUAAGAAAGUCACGUGAUGGUCAUAUGGCUAUGCUAAAAACCUUCUGACUACAUUAAAAGAAUCUUGUAAACCCAGACUGGAAUAGAGCAGGAAAAAUAGCUACAAUAGUUGAGUAAUUAAACCGUGUGAAAUGCCAUAUUGUCAUGCAACGUACUUGAAUAAUGUUUGUGCAACAUGUGGUGCAGAACAUGGUCUUGCAUCAAUACAUCAGUGGCGCUUGCUCAAUUGGUUUUGUACUUUUAGUUUGCAUGCACUUCUCUCAUACGGGUGGCAUGUAGAUCAAUGGGUAAAUCACUUUGACCUGUAUCAUCUGUCUGCCCAUUGGUUUUUAAUAAUGGAAACAUCUUAAUCUGUCUUGGUUUUUUUUUUUUUUUUCAAUUUCUCUCAUUAAUAUUGAUGGCUAAUAUGAACAGACUGAAGUACUCUUGUUUUUUUUGUCAUAGUUUAUGCUUUUGAUCAAAAUUAAUUAUUGUUCUCUUCAAAUUCUCUCAGAAUCGUGUUGUAUGUUAUGCAAGCUAAUAUUUUCAUUUAUGCAAAUAUCUGAGGAGG